AUGCUGCCCUGUUUCUGGUUCUUCUCCAAGCACAUCGGCCCUGCACUGAUAUCCCUGCCCCGAACGCUACACAGAUUCACUGCCCUACAGUACUUGACCUCCAGGUAUCUUUUAGAUCCCCUCCCAACCUCCCCUCGCCGCCUGCUGGCAUCAGUAGCCUCCUCCCAGGACACCACUGGGCCUGCCAGGGUGCGCCAGAACUUUCACCCAGAGGCCGAGGCCGCCAUCAACCGCCAAAUCAACAUGGAGCUUUACGCAUCCUACGUGUACCUGUCCAUGGCCUACUACUUCUCCAGGGAUGAUGUAGCCUUGUACAACUUCUCCAAGUAUUUCCUUCGCCAGUCCCUGGAGGAGAGGGAGCACGCAGAGAAGCUGAUGAGACUGCAGAACCAGCGUGGAGGCCGGAUCUGCCUCCAGGAUAUCAAGAAGCCAGACAAAGAUGACUGGGAGAGUGGACUGCGGGCCAUGGAAUGUGCUUUGGUCCUGGAAAAGAGUGUCAACCAGUCGCUGUUAGACUUGCAUACCCUGGCCUCAGAGAAAGGAGACCCUCAUUUGUGUGACUUUCUGGAAACUCACUACCUGCAUGAACAGGUGAAGUCGAUCAAAGAAUUAGGUGACCACGUCCACAACUUAGUCACCAUGGGGGCUCCAGCUGCUGGCCUGGCAGAGUAUCUUUUCGACAAGCACACCCUUGGGAGCGAGAGCAAGCACUAA